AUGUGUUUGGAGCGGCUGUGCCGGUCGGGGCAGGCAGGGGCGAGCGGCCAGCCCCGGGGCGGGCAUGCCCGGCUGCCAGCCCGGCUGCCCGGCACCUGCCCCAGCCCAUCUCGCCGCCUGCCCCCAGCGAGCGGGCUGGCAGCGCCCCGUGCCUUCCUCCGCCCGGAUCUCAGCAUGGCUGGGGCAGGGGUGCCGGACACCCAGGACGCUGAAGGCGCUGGGACGUGCCCGGAGGAUGUGCCCUCGCUCAAGGAAAUCGAGCUGCUCCUGAACACUGGGCGGCCCUCUUGCAACCACGUUGAUGAAGUAUGGCCUAAUCUCUUCUUAGGGGACCUAGUAACAGCACACAAUAGAUUUGUUUUGUGGAAGAUGGGUGUGACCCAUGUUUUAAACGCUGCCCAUGGCACAUCAUACAGCCAAGGAGGCCAGGACUUUUAUGGAGCAACCAUUGAUUAUUAUGGUGUACCUGCCCAUGACCUGCCAAGCUUUGAUAUCAGCCAGUUCUUUUUCUCUGCUGCACAAUUUAUCCACAAUGCCUUGAACACGCCAGGAGCCAAAAUAUUGGUACAUUGUGCAGUUGGAGUAAGCAGAUCAGCUUCUCUAGUGCUAGCAUAUCUCAUGAUAAAUCACCACCUCCCAUUAGUUGAAGCCAUCAAGACAGUGAAGGAGCAUCGAUGGAUUUCACCCAAUCGUGGUUUCCUGAAGCACCUGCGAAACCUGGAUGUUCAGCUGCGGCAAAGGAAGGACUGCUGAACAGGCAACCCUAUCUACAUCCACCCCACUGAGUUUCACCCUGCAGAGCCGCUGUGCACAUACAACUUCCCAUGAUCCGUGCACACUGCAAAAAUGAGACAAUUAUGCAUCGACAUAAAAGGCCAAGAGAACGGUAAAUGGAUUAAUUCUGAUAGCUCAGUCCCUCCAAAACCAGCACAGCCAACAGCAGCACUAUAACCACUGCGCAGGGUGGAACUGCUCUGCCUUGAGUGGUGCUACUGGAUGAAUGCACUGAAGUGGUUAAGACAGACCAAGUUUGUCCCUGGUUUCUGCUCAUGCCAGAGGCAAGUUCAAUAUUUGCACCUAGCUGGAAAGGAUGUUUGAGUCCCCUUUACUUGGGAGCGUAACAUCAUCAUCUUUCUCAGUUUGGUUACAGUUCUCACAUGCAUGUUCUCCUAAGAAAAAUGUUGCAUUUCAGGCUUGAUGAUAUGACAAGGACAGUUUCUUGAGAGCCCAGGCACCCCUACAGAAAUGUUCCUCUUUUUCUGGUCUGCUAAACAUUAUGGUGUGUCAGCCACAAGACCCACACCAGCAGAAUAAAUGUUUGCAGCCUGGGUCAGCAAACUGCACGAGUCUUUUCUUGUUAAAUAUGUUUUCAAAAAGAUAAUGUAUAUCAUGUAGUAUAUAGAGGAUGUUAAAAAGACUAUGUCAGGUCUUCAAAGCAUUUUGUAAGUUGGACUCCUCAGCUCACUUGCACUCCAAAUUAUCCUAAAUCAGUUCUGUAUCAGUAGCUUUGGAUCACCCAUGCUUUAAUAUCAGGUAGACAUUUAGCUUACAUCAGUGGCUUGGCCUAAUUGAUACAAAUUAGUUUUAAGAUGCUUUGAGGAUGUCACUUUUCCUGUCACCAGUUAAUCAGUACUUAAACCAAUGUGAUUUUUAAUACAGCAGCAGCAUUUGAAAUUCAUGCUACCACUCUGCCUGAAAAUUAGCUUGUUACCUUGUGGUGAACCAUGAAAUGAUAAUCAAAUUUAGUUUUGCCCUUUGCUGCUGGUUGGAUUUAUUGAUUAGUUGACCUUAAAAGAUUCCCUGACAGAUUAAGUAAAUACAUUUCUGCUUGCUUGUUUGCAUUUGAAGCAUCAGUUCUGAUCAUUUUCUUCUCUGCUGGAAGACACUUGCAAGGUUAUUAGAAGACUAAUACAAUGGUGACUUGUGAGUUGAACCUCUUCCUUUCCAGACCACAUUUCCUUCUUCAUUCUUGCAGAGGUUAUGACAUGAAUGCUGAUUCUGCCUAGCAUUUAGAGGAAUGUAGAAAUCCCUCCCUAUUUCACUGUACACAAGUGCUUUGCAAAAUAAGCGUAUUUAAGAUCCUUUCAGACAUCCUUUUGACUGUUGAGAUUUUCCUAAAUGUUGCAGAAGAUCUCCAUUGAUGAGAGAAAGGUAAGACAUUGUUGUGUGAAAAGAUCAAAUAGGAAAUCACAUUUAAAACCCAACAGUGCUAGGACAAUCUUUAUACCUCACAAAGCAGCAGAGUGGUGGAGGAGGAGCUUUUUUUGCUUUGAAGUUCUCCAUAAAAAUUAAUAGGGAUUUAUAUGAGUUAAUAUUUCAUUAUAAUUUAUACUUCAUUCACAUUACAGUAGGUUUUAGUCUGGAAACCUUUUGAAGACACAGCAUUAAAAAAUCUGAAAUUCAUGUGAGUGAAAUAAUGCAUCUUAAUGACUUUAGGCUGGGCAAAAUUAGACACAUAUGAGCAAGAUUAAUGGAAUCCUCCCAUCAGGAUAAUGUUUUGCAUGCCUCUGAGCAUCUGUCCUACAAAGCCACAGCUGUGAAAGCUGCUCCUGUUGUAAAUUAGUACCUGCUCUUGAAGAUACUGCUCAUCCUGGGAGAGCAUUGUUUCACCAGGGGCAGGGAAGGGAAGAGCACAGAGUGAAGCUGACUCAGUAGGGCAUCCAUGCCACCAAUGGCAUGGUAGUGAUCUUGGAAGCACGACUUACUUAUCUCAGUGGAAGGAAUGAAUUAGGCAGAAACUUUUUUCAAGGGCAUUGUCAAAUCACAGAAGUGCUUUUAAUUUGUGGCGUCAGUGUUGCUUAUAUUUCCUGCCUAUCUGUAUUGCUUCCUUAUAUACAGAUUUACUUUGAGUGCACAUUUGUGCAGGGAAAAAGAUUCCAGUCAACAUAAGCAAAAGCAGAAGAAUAGUCCUGUAACUUCUUAAAACAGAAAGCAUGGUCUGCUGCAGUUUGCUAAGAGGAAAAGGGACCUCCUUACCUGUCACUUACACUAUCCAUAACUCAAGUCAUGAUGUGACAUGACAUUAGUACUUCACUGCUUUCCACUAUCAGCAUAAAAACUUGUAUUUUGAAUGGUAUUUGGCAAGUUAGAUUAAGGAACCAAAAUGAAGGAAAAAUACUGCCUCCCCAGUGGCACUUCAUUCAGAAAAUACACAUUUGUCAAGAGGGUCUACACAACCUGGGAGAAGGUGGAAGUGAAAGGAACUGUCCCCACUACAGCUCUGGCAUACUUAGAUCUGCUUAAAGCAAUCACAAAACCAGUCACCUGAAGGGACCUAUGUAGAGUUCCAGUGAAAACACCUCCUCAUUUCAUUUUCCAGUACAAGAACUGGGGGCAUUAGAUGAAGUCAGUGGAAAUCAGGUUUGAAACAAUAGGAGGGGUUUACAUGAGCUGUAUAACACUUGCCACAGAAUGCUGCAGAGAGUAAAAGCCUAUAGACAUUCAAGUGGAAAAGUCUGAGGGACAGAAAUCCAUUCAGGGUUACCAAAUACUUAGAAACUCCAUCCAGAUCAGCAAGCUCAUAAACUGCAGCUGGAAGCUGGGAGAGUGUUAUUAUUAUUAUAUACACAAGUAUAAUUAAUGCUUGUGUGUUCUUACAUUCUGUAGGCAUUCACUUUCAGCCACAGCUAAGCACAAGACAGUGGGCUUGGUGAACCUUGGGUAAGGCCCAGGACCAGUGUUCUCAUGGUGUUUAUUUUGAACUCACCCUCAAGCUGUGCUGUCCCUUCUUUCCUGGUAGCUUAUUA